CUCCUGCCAACCGUCAACAGUCAACCAUGAGCCAACCUGUCGGCCAAUCUGCUGCUACCCGCUUCCAGAGUCUCUUAACCGCUUUGAAACAGCAAAAUGCCUCCAACCAACCCUCCUCCAAACCGAACACGCCAAAGAUCGUCCGUCGACACUCCAUCUUCUCCACGCUGAGGGGCCCCUCUGUUGCCAAGCCCAAUGAUUUCAUCCCUCUAUUCAUCGACUGCAUCUCUGCUGCCUCUUCCAGAACCCAGGAGUACCUCCUCUUCAAGGACCCGGAGGACAAGCUCCACCCGAGCUUUGAGCUGUUCACUCAUGUCUUCUUGAUGACCUACAUCUCCCAGAGUGUUAGCCUCAACCUGACGGACACCUUCAAUUGCACAGCCAUGACGCCAGGACAGCGCAUCCUCCUCGGGGCUGACUGGGUCUGGGCCUUAAUGGAGAAGCCCUCCAGGAACCCUCGGUUGCAGAUUGCUGUGCAGGUCCUACACCUGCAGGAGAAGGAAGACACAGAGGAGAACACCGCCCUCCCAGACAUCUGCAGUGAGACCAUGCAGAUGGCCCAACAGGAAUCCAGCAACAAGAACAUGUAUGAGAAGCUAGUGGACUUUUGCACCUCCAUUGGCAAGGACUGCUACGCUCUCUUCUUGUUCUUUGGAAAGAAAAAUGACAAGGGAAACAUCUACGGUGUCCUCAGCAACAACUUUGAGGUGGCCAUCGGGAAGUGCAAUAAGAUCGACAGAGGAUUUAUUGAGAACUUCUUCAAGGGUUCGAGGUAUCUCCACACACCUUCAGGAAUGAUGCAGGCUCUUGUCACCAAGAAAGAACAGGAUCCUAUCACACUCAUGAUUAAAUUCAGCUGAACCUUUAGGGGCUCAUAAAAUUUGAUUGCCAAUAACAUGAUACAAGAACACAGUAACUAUGUCCUGUCUUACUAAAAUGUUGAGUUUGACAAAGUAUCAGGCCUUUGAAAGAAAAUUCAGGUUAUUUUAGACCUAUACAGGUUGUUAGAUAGGUCUCAAAGCAGUUCAAUCAGUUCCUCUAUUUGCCUGUUUGAGAUAGUUUUAUUGUGUGCCAAUGACAGUACAACACUGCAAAAAUAAGAAAAACAUUUUACCCAAAGUGAAAAGUACGCAGAAUCAUCAAAACCAUGGGAAAAAAUCUGCCCUCAACUAUGUGGCAAAAAAAUCUAAUUCAGGCACUCAAGUGGAUGGCGUGCACAAAACCAGUACACUGAAACUGGAGAAGUUAAAUGGAAUUCAGCCACCACCAAUCUGAUUAUUUAUUGUAUAGCUGUGCUUUUGCUAGCGUGACAUGUCAAAAUGUCCACUGUGGAAAAAUAAUUUCUUCUCACAGUGGACAUUAUGAUCAGUCGCACACUGGUGUAACUAAUGGCUGUAUUCCACUGACAUUGUUUACUUUAACAGCUGUACUACUGUACCUUAUGUUUUACUGGUAUUACUGCUAAACCUAAACAGAACAGGACAUUUAGUGUCAUAAUUACUAGUUACACCUGUACUUUUCCUGCUAUGACAAGUUCAAAAUAUGAACAAUCCCAAGUAGAUGUGAUUUCAAAUAAAAGUUAAAAAUGUCUACAGUGGCUCUACAAAAAGAAAAAUAACUGUACGCACCAUUAUGCUAUAAAAUAAAAGGAGUAAAUAUUAUAGGAAUAAAAGUCUGAGUGCAGAACCAAAUUUUAAUAGGUAAAUAUCUCCUCUCCUAAGAUUAAUAAUGACAUUUGUAUCUUUGUAACAAAAAAAGAGUGAAGUAGGUCGGCACCUCCAAAUAACCUAGGGGAAUGGGUGAGGUUUUUUCAUAUUACCACUAAGCAGCUUGAGAAAAAUGAUCUUGCAUGAACAUUUCUGAGGGGAAUUAAUUUUUUUCUUUAAAUGUGCAUCAUAAAUUUCAGUGGGUUAAAAUGAAGGCUGAGUGAAAGGUUUCUGUAAAGAGUGAGUGUUUGGCAUGUUGAAUUUUAGGUGCAGUAGUAACACAGUCAUCUUCUGUACCGUUCAGUCCCAAAGGGGUCGCGGGGGUAGUAGUAACGCAAUGACAUGGAAAAUACAUUCUCAAAAAGAUAUUAUUAAUACAUUUAAAUAAUAUUAGUAGAGAUGGUUAGAAAGCAUCUUUUGUCUUUUUAAUUACUUCUGUACCAUCAGGGUUGUCACUCUUUUCAAACAGAUUUGUGUAAGUUUAUUGGCAAAGGACAAUGUAGGUAAUGAUAUCCUCAAGAAGUGCCUACAGAAAAUAGGAUUCAUCUUCACGAGUUAAGAUUUGACAUAUAUCUUCAAAAGGAGUCUUAUUUUUGACUCAAAUUCAAUUCAAGAAUACAUCAUAGUCACAUGUACUAUGUCCUGCCAGAAAGGCUGAAUGUCCAUUUCUAUUGUAUUGUGUUAAAAAGCUAGCCAACUAGCCAACAAACAUUAAACAGUAAAUUUGCAAGUGGUGAACCAACAAAUCUUAAUUAUGUUUCCAUGACUGGAAAACUGCUUUUAAAAAUUCCAAGUUUCCCAGGACGCAUGGGAACCCUGACUAUAAUAUUGUCUGAAUGUUACCAUAGCAUACUAGUAGAAAAACUAUUAAAAACAUUACAUUAUCAUUGGUUUGUAUGGUUUUACCUAUUUAUAUUUGCAUUUUUCCACUUGUAACAAUGUCUGAGACUUUUUGAAAGAGAAUUUAAAGGAAACUUGUUGAUAUCCUGACUCUCACUGUAGCGAGACCAAACGCUCACAGGUGGGCCGUAACAUGCACAACACAGAGCACUCUGUCAAAAUACUAAUUCAGCAGAAAACUGUACAAAUGAUGUCAGAAUGGAAGUCUUUUACUAUUUUUAAAUAAACUUUUGUGGGGACACUGAGUAAGAAAAUGUUUUUUAUCAAUGACUGGGUGUGGAAGGCAAACUCAGCCUAACACUUAUCUCAUUAUAAUAACUGCUGGACUCAUUAGCAAUAAAUUGUUCACAGGUAUUCAUGAUCCUUAGCAAGUGAAAUUAUGCACAAAUAUUGACAUUCCCCUUGGCCUCAGCUGUACUUUAGUUUAGUGGUGGCCAAUGUUGGUAUGUUAACAUUAACAAAGUCAAGAUAAUGAAGGUGAUAAACAUUAUACCGGAUACAUAACAGUAUGUUCAUGCUUUGUUUUCAAUGUAUAGCAUGCUAACUUUAGCAUUUAGCUAAGUACUGUCUCAGAGAUGUUAGCAGAGGGGUGUAGUACACUGCUGCUUUGGAAAUAAAUCUGACUUAAAAGGUUUGUCUUAGCUUUGAUGAAUGAUGGAAUACAGAAAAUUCUUGAAGUGACCUCAAGCUUUUGCUGUACCAGCUGUAUGUACAAAUGCACAAUAGUUUAUAAAUGUUAAAAGAUCUU